CUCGUGCCUCCCUCCCGGCACCGGGGCCUGCACUGAUGCUCCGGAUCCUCUUGAUGUUUUGCCCUGGUGCUCCCAGCAUCUCUUGGGCCGUAUCCUGUCCCAGCGCUGUCCUGCCAGGAGCAGGUGAGCUGUGUGACAUCUGCCACCGCCUCCUCCCUCUCCUCCAGCCACGAUAUCGAACCACUUCAUGCACUCAACGGGUCCUCGAGCUCCAAGCCGCCUUGGAGUGCUGUUGGCUUUGUUCAGCGCUUUGAUGAGCUCAAGAGCUCAGAGGGGAGAGCGGGAUGCACCCGGGGUGGCGGGGGGACACCGGUUUCAUCCUGCCAUCCUCAGCCUCCGAUCUCCCUUAGGAUGGGGGGCUUUUGGGGGACCCAGUUGGCUCUGCUCCCCGCUGCCGGCUCAGGGAUGCUGCGCUCCCGGUGCCAUCCCAGCCUCUCGCGGGUCCCUCCGGGUGUCCCGGCUCCCCGUUAUCCCCCCGAGCAUCAGCACCCCGGGGCGGGGAAAUGCGGGGGCGCGGCGCUCGGAGGAUUACGGCGGCGGCGGGGAAGGAGCGGAGCUGCCGCCCUAUAAAAGCGGCGCCCGCCCCACCCGGGCUGCGGCGGCGGCGGCUCCGCUCCGGCUGCGGCGGCUCCGGUGGCUCCGCCCCGCACUGGUGUCACCAUGUGGCUCCUGGAGCGGCUGCGUGGCGUGGCAGAGAACGGUGGCUCCCGGGCUGCGGGGACGGAGGAGUCCCCGCGGGGGUCUCGCUACAGCAACGUCCUCACCCCAGACAAGAUCCCCGACUUCUUCAUCCCACCCAAGCUGAGCGCAGCACCUGCAGAGGCUGAGGGUCCCGAGACCCCCGCAACCCCCACGCUGGGUCCCUCGGCCUCGGAGCAGGACCUGGCUGGGCGCAAAGCUCCCCGCAGCCCCCGUCCAUCCAGCCGAUCCCGGGCGCGGGCAGCCAGCCGGCACAUCAUCCAGAUCGAGAGCGCCGAGGACUGGACGGCUGAGGGUGGCUUUGGCACCAACGCAGACCCGCAGGCGCAGACGGCCAUGUCCCUACCCUACGUGCCCAAAGCUCAAACCUCCUAUGGCUUCGCCACGCUGGUGGAGAGCCCCCACACGCGACGCAAAGAGUCGCUCUUCCACAGCGAGCACAGCAGCCUCUGCCCCUCGCCGGCCACCUCGCCCAGCGCCCAGCGCCGAGGGAAGCUCAACGGUGAGAGCAGACCCCGGACGCCCGUUGACUUGGGCGCAGCCCUCAUGCAUCCCGGCCGCUACUUCAGCGGCGGCGAGAGCGACACGUGCUCCUCGGCUGAGUCCUCGCCCUUCGGCUCGCCGCUGCUCUCCCGCUCCGUCUCCCUGUUGAAGAUCUUCAGCCAGGAGAGCCAGUCCAAGGUCAUCAAGCUCAAGCAGUCGGUAGCUCGCAACAGCUCGCUCUCCACCGACGACAGCUCGGCUGACACCAGCCCCAGCGCUCAGCGUCGCUCCCGGAGUGCUCCAGCCGGGGGACACCCCCCCAGCGCCCUACUGCCCCUGGACCUGCCCACCGGCCGCCACCGGGAGCACAGCCUACGGCUCAGCCGGGGUGGAAACCUGCGCUUGGCCGCCGAGUACGACCCUUCCAACGCGCGGCUGCGCGUGCGGCUCAUCUCCGCUGAGGACCUCUAUGAUGUCCUCGUUGACCCGCGCAGCAUCAACUGCUGCGUCUCGCUGUGCCUCAAUCCCGGGAAGCUGCAGAAGCAGCGCAGCACCAUCGUCAAGAACAGCCGCAACCCUGUCUUCAACGAGGACUUCUUCUUUGACGGGCUGGGCCUCGGCCAUGCCAGGAAGAUGUCCCUGAAGCUCAAGGUGGUCAACAAGGGCAGCAGCCUUAAGCGGGACACGCUGCUGGGGGAGAAGGAGCUGCCACUCACCACCCUCCUGUCCUGCCUGUAGGGCUGGGGGGAUGUGGGGAUGGUGGUCCUGUCCCCCAGCCUCGCUGCAGGAGGGUUUGGAAGGGCCCUUUGGAGGAGGGAUGGGGCCCUGGUGGAGCGUGGGGGUCUCCAGGGUCGGUGCUGCCGUGGGGCUCUGCCCGCAUCAGCCCUACUCUGGUGGGACAGGCAGGGCUGGCAGCUGCCCCUCUGCGCUCCCUCCCUGCUCCCUCCUGGGGCUGUGUCUCCUGGAGAGCAGGGAGCCAGCGGGAAGGAUGGAUGUCACCUACUGGGCUCUUCCCUCCCUGGUGCCUGUGGUCUCCAGCAUGAAGGUUGGAGGUGGGUAGAUCUCCGGAGCGUACUUACUGCCACCUCUCUAAGUCCCAGAUGCUGGAGUUGGGUGGUGGCAUCGAUCUCAGCUUUAAUUCAAAAGACAAGUUUCCAGUGUUGGAAACUGCAGAAAAAAUACUGCAGAAGCGAUCCAAGAGUGGGCUGAGGCAGAUGACCCCGGGAGAUGAGUCAGGUUUGUGGGUUUUUGGCCUUUCUGGACACUUCUCAGCCCUGCGGCACUGCAAGUCGGCUUGGUCUGACACCCGCAGCCUCCUGGGGCUCCCCCCUCUGCCCACCCCAGCAGUGUCCCCGCUGCUGAUCUCCUGCAGGAAACUCCUCUCCGAGCCUUAGAGGCUUUGGAUUUACCCAAAUCCAGGAGCUGCUCAUGCCCAUCCCCUGCCCGCGGGAGGGAGAUGCCAUGGGGGGGUCCUGGCACCCCUCGCCCUGGGCACACGGAUGCUCCUGGCCUCUGUCCCAGUGAUGUGUUUGCACUCCUUGAGUGCUGGUGGCCUGGCUGGCACUGGGGAUGUCCCUAGGGCACGGAGACAGGCUCCUGUCCCCUCUGCCCCGCUGUCACCUUCCAGGGCUCGAGGGCUUGUGAGCAGCUGCACCCACCGGCUGGGACGGAUGAGUCCUACGAGGACUCACAAAACCCAUCGAGACUCUUCUCCCUGAAGAGGCUGCGCCGGCUCUGCCUUUUCCCUUUAGGAGCAGGGUGCUCCCAUCCAUCCCUGCUGUCCCAGUUGACCGACUCGGAGGCGCUGGGAGCUGGGGAAAUGCCAACCAGGGCAUUUCUGCCGAUGGAUUAAAGCAGACUCCUUGUUGUUGCUUGGUGUGGUGUUCCCCAUGGCAUCGGGCUCUGCAUGUUGCUGCGGAAAGGAGCCGGAUUCGCAGCGCUCCUCUCUUUGCCUUUUGCAGCACGCGUGGACACACGCGCACACACGUGUCCCUCUGUGUUAACCUCUGUCGGUGGCAGUUGAUGUUCCUUCCUUGUCCUUUGCAGCAGAUGGCAGAUCUCAGUGUUGGCUAUUUAUAUCCGAGGCUGAUCUUUUCCCGGUGUGUUUUUACUUCUGUCUGUAAAUACGUUUCAGGUACCCGAGGCAUGGUUUCGAUAGCGCCGUGUUUGCAUG